GCCUUGCUAGCCUGCUCUCCUAGAUUGGGUUUGUAACUGGAGCAGGCUCUCAGUCUGCUCUGUCCUUGUGAGCAGACCUGUCCAGGGCCCAGCUCCCUUUUCCUGAUAGGCUUUCUGCCCCUUUGAUGGCAGAUGGUUCUCAAAACUAUAUUCUUUGAAAUGGAGAAGAGGAGGCUCAAGAUCAAGGGAAGACGGACUUGUUUAAAUAGGUGUCUUCAAGUGUUUGAAGGGUUGCCAUGUGGAGGACACUGUUGGACUUGUUCUGCUAGCUCUUACAGGUUAGAAUCAGGACUCAAACUAGGUAGAAGCUACUGAGCCAGUGGGGUGGAAAACCUUCCUUACUCCUGGCUGACAUCUAACAGUGCUUGCCAGAGACACAAAGGGAUUCCUUAGGAUGGAGAAAGCCCUUCAUUACAGAAGGAAGUCUAGCAUAGGCUGGAUUAGCAGAUCUAAGUUUUGUUUAUUGGUUUGCUUCUAUUACAACCUGAAUAAAGGAUGGUAUUUACUUUGAUGACAUUUGCAUGUGUGCAAUAUUGCUAUGACAUGAGUAUGCCAAUCAUAACCUGCCUAUAAUCCUACUCCUUUCUCUUUCUUCAGGGACUGUGGGUAGAGCAGCUUUAUUAUAGCAAUAUCCUAAUGUCUACUCUGAUUUUAUUUAAAUUAAUUCACUUGGUCAGUGAAUAUGUAUUGAGUGGCUGUUAUUAAGCACUAUGACUCCUUCAGUGCUCAGUACUUUUAACUGUUAGGUUUAAUCAAGUCCUUUUGACAUUGUACUGGAUGUUAGGAACAUUGUAGAAAGUGUUCAGACAUCAAGAGGGAUUGAUUUCUAGGUGAUCUUUAGGUUUCUUUUAAAUUUGAGAUUUGGUGAUUGAGCUUCUUGAUUCUAGUCUCAUAUUUAGUAUAUAUCUUGCCUCCAAAUACAGUUUUUAUAAGUAAAACAUAGAUUUGGAGUGGGGUUGUUCAAAUCUGUGCUAUUAAAUUCCUGUACUUACCUUCCCAGAUAGCAGAGAGGUGCCCUCUCAACAUCAUCACUGCUUCCCCCAGAGGGACUGUAGGGGCAUGACUUGAGGAAAGCACUCUUCCCCUAAACCUCUCCUCAGUGAUGGAUGCCAGCGGGGCUUGGACCAAGCCAUCUGUCAGCUGCAUAUCCAUCCCUCAGGGUCCCGGUGGCCUAGAAAGCCAAGAAAGAAGAGAGAACUCUUACUACAGUAACAUUUCAAAGGGGAAGACGUUGCUCGAACUUCGAAUAAUUUUUUGGACAUUUCUCCAAGGAAGAUGAGCGCGUCUGACCCAAUGUGACGUCUCUGAGGGCCUGACUUACUCCCCAGAGCCGGGCUGUCCUGACUGCCACCAUGGGGCUCACGGAGAGCCUGCUGAGCGGCAGCGGACAGAUGCAGAUGGUUCGGUGGGAAAUUGUGGCAGCUGUCGCUGGUUUCUUCCUCAUCACCUUCCUCAUCUCUCUCUGUUCCAGCUGUGACAGAGAGAAGAAGCCGAGACCUCAAAGUGGGGACGAUGAGAACCUGAUGAAUGUGACGUCAGACAAGGAGAUGUUUAGCUGUUCCGUUACUAGCAUGGCAACCGAUCCUCUUGCCAGCAGUGACCAGAAUGGGGCACUCACCAAUGGUGACAUUCUUUCAGAAGACAGCACUAUGACUUGCAUGCAACAUUAUGAGGAGGUACAGACUUCAGCUUCUGAUCUGUUGGACUCCCAGGACAGCACAGGGAGACCUUCAAAAUGUCAUCAGAGUCGAGAGUUGCCCAGAAUUCCUCCUAACAGCACAGUGGACACAAUGCUCCAUACUAGAAAUGUGGAUGGGGACCAGGGUCUGGGAACAGAAGGCCCAUAUGAAGUGCUCAAGGAUAGUUCCUCCCAAGAAAAUAUGGUAGAGGACUGCUUGUAUGAAACAGUGAAAGAAAUUAAGGAGGCGGGAGCAACUGCAGACCUGGGUAAAGGCCCAAGUGGCAAGUCCAAGUCUACUACCACCUUGAAGGAGCUUCCAGGGCCCCAGACCCAGGACAAAGCAGAGUUUGCCGAAUAUGCCUCCGUGGACAAAAACAAAAAAUGCCGGCUAAGUGCUAACUCAGAGAUUGUUCUUGGAAGUUCAUGUGAUCCAGAAGAGGAGGUCCCCCCACCUGUCCCUGUUAAACUUCUCGAUGAGAAUGAAAACCUUCAGGAGAAUGAAGAAAGACUGGCAGAUGAAGAAGGAGCCACUGAGGGAACCACUGAAACCAACAAGAGAUUUAGUUCACUGUCAUACAAGUCUCGAGAAGAAGACCCGACUCUUACAGAGGAAGAGAUCUCAGCCAUGUACUCAUCAGUGAAUAAACCUGGACAGUCAGUGAAUAAAUCAACGCAGUUGCUUCGAGUGCUAGAAUCCACCUACACCGGUAUUCAAGAUGGAGCCCCGCAGAGAUCCCCGUCUUCCUGUAAUGAUCUCUACGCUACUGUAAAAGACUUUGAGAGAGCUCCAGCCAGUGUCAGCACACCUCCACCAGCUGAGAGACCCAGCAAGGAGCCAGAGCCCGAUUAUGAAGCGAUACAGACUCUAAACAGAGAGGAAGAAAAGGCCACCCAGGAGACCGAUAAUCUCGAUGGCCUUUUCUCAGAGGAGAAUGACUACGAGAACAUUGGGGACUUGGAGCAGUGCAGAGAUAUCACCAGACUCUAGCAACCCAGAAGACACAACUCCAAAUACCAUGUUAUCAGUCGUUUGGGGACAUUUCUUCUCUGGAAGAUCAGAAGUGAUAUAAACCUAUUCUUCAUAUGCUGCUUUAGUGAACCGAAGACAAUGACCAUGACUGUUUUCCCAGUUUUUGAAGCAGUGAGGUACGUUCCUGGCUGAACCCAAAUGGGCAUCUGCCUGCCAGGGGGAUACCCACACACCCAUGCACAUCACACACCCUCCUGGCCCUCUGCAAAAUACCCAAACUGACGGUGGAUUCCUCCUGUUGGUAAGGAACACCAAAAUAUAAGGAAGAACUGAGCUCAUCAAGAACUGUAACACCACCUGCCUACAUACUGCCAUUCAGAAGAUCCAGGUUUUUCUUUCUUUCUUCCCUUUUUGUUAUAUCUGCUACUAACUUUAAAAUGCGUGGCUUUAUCCCCCUCGAAAUCUUCCAGUUCAUAUGGUUCAUUCCAAGGAAAUUCUCCCAUGACAUUUGACUUUUGCCUUCAACCUAGACAUCUUAGGUUGGUGAGAAACUGUGGUUAGCGGUUACCAUCCAGCUCGCCAGUCCGCUUCAAAGAGCUGCCCCACUGGUGCCUGGGAAGCUGAGGCCUGCAGGUUGUGAGGAUCGGAUAUGUCCCUGGAGCCUCUGAGCUCUCUGCUCUUUCUAUUUUGGCACUCCAUGUCAGCAGUCUCUCUCCAAAGUACUUGAAGUCAGUUUUAGAUGUUUUGUUUUAUUUUUCUAGUCAAAACUUUUUUUCCUCAGUAUUUUAAAACUCUUCAGAGCAUUUUCAGUAUUUUCAAUGAGUACUGUAGUACUUGUCUACUUAUUUUAGCCCAGAGCUCAGUCCUUCAAAACAGCCUUAAUCUUUAGGUUGGAACACAGACCUCAUAUUUGGCUAGCAGUCAUGCUGUUCUCUGAGGAGCUGUGGAUAGGAAUUGUGUUUCAGAUGACUCUGCUGCCAACACCAACAGUGUGGAAUUUCUUAACUGCUAUCCUAAGGUAAUCUAUAUAAGAUGAAAAUAUAAGCAUUUAUUUUUGUUAUAUAAAUUUAUAAGAUGUUUUAUGUUUUACUGCCUGAUUUCUAGAAAAGUGCCAGAAAAAAAUGUAAUUGACAAUUUUGGUUUGAUGUACUAUGGUUUAUACUUUCAUUUUGAAAAGACACCAUAAAGCACAUAAGCUAGAUAAUUACAAGGAGUUGUGACCUUUUUUCUAACCAAGUGUUUAAAACAUUGAGAGUUUUUAAUGACUCAGCUUUUCCAAUGGUACUUGGAGCUCCCAGUCAAAAUCAUCUGAAUCAAUGGAUACAUAAAUGGAAUAAACAGAAAAUAAUUAUUUUCAGUGGUUUGUGAUGAGCAGUAUUGAAAUUUUUUGAAAUGAUAAAAUGGACAGAAGAAGAAAAUAUGAGUAGGAAUCACUUUGUGAAGUAUGAACCUCUUAGGGUUACCAUAAUUUUAUUAAAGUCCAGUCAUAUUUUUAAGAAAAGGAUUAAUUCUACAGUCCAGUGCUUGUAAAUGCAAAUUGCCUGUUAGGGUUUUCUUUAGUGUACAAAAAUCAGUAUUAAGAGCUCCAUCUGGUUUAAAUUUAAUCAUCGCUUUAUAUCUUAUGAGGCCAAUAUUGUGAAAGGUGUACAAAGAUCUUAUGUAGCCGACACUGGAAAAAUUGUUCACUUUUCAUUUUAAAAGGAACCUUGUUGAAGUCCUAUUAUGAAGUGUGGUUUACAGAAAUGGGGCUUUUAUCUAGACAGAUAAAGGGGUAAAAACAGCAAUUAUUCUAUAUUGUCUGACUUCUGUGACUUUUCAGAUUUAAUAAUCUUGCUGUUGUCACUCAUCAUGACAAAGAAUGUGAUGUAGAGGAUGAGACAGGUUGAAAAGUGCCAAGACCACUUCUUGGCGUGUUUUGAAGUCUCUUGCAUUCAUGGCUUGAUUUUGUGACUGCUCUGUAAUUACAUUUUUGAAAUGGUAAAGUGAGACACGUUGGAGUAAACUGUUGUUUGUUGGUAUUUUUCAACCAGCCUGGUCUCUCCUAUGAAGAGGUCAUGUCCAUGAGUGUAAUCGCUAUUGAUCAGAAGAUGAUAGCAGAAUACCCUUGCAUUAGAGAGAGGUUUAUCAAGAAAGGGCAAGGCCCUUGUUCUCUGAAUUCAGAUUCUUCAUCAGCACCCUUUCGCCCAGUGAUUGCCAUUCCUUACGAUUAAUGACUUUGACUCCACAGUCUCUCAUGUCAUGGGGUUCCUUCAGGACACCGUAAUAGCCAUAUCACAUUGCGUACCUAGCAUUGUGCAUGAUCCGAGUAAUGCUCGUUAUGGGUACCUUAGAGUUCAAAAGUUUUAUUAUACUUCAUAAUGGCUUAUCACCAGAAAAGUAGGUAUAAUCUCUGAAGCGUAAAUGCAUUUCUUGAGACAGAAGCUCAUUGUAAAUGUUACUAUGUCAUCUUGAAAUCCCAUUGUCAGAAU